CCCGCCCUUUUUCAUAUACUCUCAUCACUACACAAACACACCCCAAAUCAAAUCCCUUUCAUUUCACCUUUGUUCUUCCUUUUCUAUCACUAAACUAAAUAAAUACCAUCCAUUUCUCUUUCUUUUAUACCUAUUAUUACUCUAUUCUAGUAGCUUUUAGCCUUUUACUUGGCUACUACUACAAAUACUAUUAAUAUAUUUACAUAUUUUUAAACUAGCCUACGUAGUUUGAGCUCAAAAGGUAGCUACAACAACUACAAAAAUAAACACAAAAAUCAAUGUGUUUUCACCUCAGCAGCAGCUGGUCUCUCAAUAGCAGCAAUUUGGUCACUUUCUUGCACACACAAAAGCAAAUUUCAACAACCGUGUAUUUGUGUAUGAAAAAGAAAGUUGGGGGGGGAAGGGGUGAAGGUGUUGCCUAUCUACAUCAAUGGCUGACCGACCUACUUUAAAGAUAUGGGUAAACAUAGAAAAGGAGGACGUAGUUGAAUAGUGUAAGAAAAAAAAAGAUAAAAGAGAGAAACAGAGAGAUAUUCUCUUCAGUAAUCAUAGAUUUUGUUGUUUUUCUUUUGAAAUCAAAUUAAAAAAAAAAAACAGAUCUUUGUAAGAAGAGUAAUCUGUUUGUGUUUGGAGACUCCUUGUUCUCUUAUGUUUUGAACUCGUUUUUUCAGCCGUUUUGAAAGCUAGUUGUUUUCUUAUAACUAAUUUUCAUAACUAUUAGUUUUUGGGGGAAAAGAUGUCUGGUGAUGGGUUUUCUUUACCUGUUUCAAUAGGAGGGUUUGUUCAUCAAGAACAAAAUAAUACAAACCCUAACCCUAAAUCCAAUCCUGUUAAGAAGAAGAGAAAUCUUCCAGGAAAUCCAGAUCCAGAUGCUGAAGUUAUUGCUUUAUCUCCCAAAACUCUCAUGGCGACCAACAGAUUCAUAUGUGAAAUAUGCAACAAAGGUUUCCAACGAGACCAAAACUUGCAGCUUCAUCGAAGGGGUCACAAUCUUCCAUGGAAGCUGAAGCAAAGAAACAACAAAGAACCAGUUAAGAAGAAGGUAUACAUUUGCCCUGAGAAAACCUGCGUCCACCAUGAUCCAUCUAGAGCACUCGGUGACCUCACUGGGAUAAAGAAGCAUUUCAGCAGAAAACAUGGAGAAAAGAAGUGGAAGUGUGAGAAAUGUUCGAAGAAAUACGCCGUUCAGUCCGACUGGAAAGCUCACUCCAAAACUUGUGGUACUAGGGAGUACAAGUGUGACUGUGGGACACUGUUUUCCAGAAAAGACAGCUUUAUCACACAUAGGGCUUUCUGUGACGCCUUAGCUGAAGAGAGUGCAAGAUUCAGUUCCGUUGCAGGUGCAGCCACAAAUCUAAAUUUCAGAAACGAUGUUGUGAAUCUGCCUAUUGGAUUUGGUGGAAUUCCUCAGUUUGGUUCCGGUUUUACACAAGAUGUCAGUGGGAUGACUGUAUCAGGUCUGCCUGAGAUGGUCCAAAUUGCUUCAGGCAAUCUGUUUGGUUCAUCUUCACUGAACAAUUUUGGUACAGAUUCCAAUCCUCCUCUAUUGCAAUUGCCACAAGGUCUAAAAGAAGAAGGUGGAAGCAAAGGCAAGUUGAUGGAAAGCUUGUCGCCUCUCUACUCGGAUACUCAAAACGAGCAAUCCAAGCCUGCUGCACCAAUGUCUGCAACUGCGCUUUUGCAAAAAGCAGCCCAGAUGGGUUCAACAAGAAGCAAACCGACGUCCUUCUUUGGGAACAGUUUUGGUGUAAUGAGCUCAACUUCUUCUCAAAGGUCAGCUAGUUUGAGAUCGACUCAAAAUAGAAACGGUCAGCUGCAGCAAAUAUACCCAAAUGUGAAGCAACAAGAGAGUAAUUUAAUGGCGUCAAGUAGUGUAUCAGUGAGUGCUAAUGCAGGUCUCGGAACAAGCAACAACUUUGAUAGGCUCAUCUUACAAACAGGAGUGAAACCAAAUGCCCCAAAUCAAUUAAAGAUGCACCCUGGUUCAAACUCAAUUGACCAGAGCUUAACUAGGGAUUUCCUUGGCAUGGGCAAUGAUCAGUCUGCUCGUCCAUUUUUACCCCAGGAACUAGCUAAAUUUGCAUCAAUUGGCUCAAACAUGGGUCUGAAUCAAUUCAGCAGCAGCAACCACUAAGCUUAGCUACCUUUCCAAAUUCCAAAUACCGUUACAACUUACAACUUACAUGCAUACAGCACAGUACAUAAAGGGCGGCAAAAAUAUAGGAUCGUGGUCCUUUAUAGUUACGAAAAAGCUGAUAAUUGGGGACCGAGUUGGGGUGUGAGUGAAUUAAGGCAAAGCAAAAGCAAGCCCCAGAAAAAGGAACAGAAGUUCAUCUUGUGAAGAGGGGUCCCAAUUCCAUGUUUGAAAAGACUAAACAGUGAGGCAAAAAUACACCAAGUCAUAUGCAUGCAUGUAUGUUGUUGCUCUUGUUGUUUUGCGUGGUGUCUUAGCUCGCUUAUCGUUUCUUCAGUAUUAUUGUUUUAUUUUUAAUUCUAUAAAUGAACUUUCACUCUCUGUUUCCA